AGCAAAACUGCCCAAACACCGCUCUGGAGUUGGCUGCAAACUUUGACGGUCGCCCACAAUUUCCCAUGGCACGUUGGUCACUAUUGUAGAUCAAUACUGCAUUCUUGACUCAUUCAGCAUCUUUGGUCAUGCGAUCAUUAUGUGGUGCACCUCAUAACGCCGCUAUCAGGUUGGCGCAUUCGGCCCAAUGACACUUUGUGCUAACUCCACAUCAGCUUCAGCAACGAUGCUUUAGACAAAUCGAUAUAAAGGUCCCGUUAUCGUUUACGCAUCAAUUCACGACCUCAGUGUUCCUUUUGCAACCUGCAAAGCCCCACUCUCAGUGCGCCAGAUUAUACUUGAGAAGUACACCCUUUCAUGAGAGAGAGCUCUCGAAACGACGUUCUCUCGUACCUCACAGAGUGUCAUCGACGGGAAGGAUUGUAUAUAUGUGCCUUCGUCCCCUCCCCCCUCCUUCCAAUCCAGAUCAUCACGGAACGCCGACGGUAUCGACCACCGUGCCUGCCCCCGAGGCACCGCCUGAGAAGCUCACACUACUCCCAUUACGGAGUGAGAUCCUAUUUCUUGGAGAGCCGAAAUGGUCUUAUCAAGGGAUGAAAUAAUUAAUAGAUGCGACAAAGCUGGACCCCAAGACCUUGUAUCACACAUACCAUACGGAAACAGCGUCCUCAAACUCUCCGACAGCGUCGCAGUCAAAUUUGGAAGUGGGGUGACCAAAUAUGAGGCAUCUAGUCAAGAGAAGGCAUACCAAAUUUUGGAUCAUUGUAUAGUUCGAGUGCCCAAGGUGUACGAUUUCUUCGAAGAUGGGCGGGGUCGUGGCUACCUCGUCAUGCAGUUUAUGGCGGGCGAAACGCAAGAAACGUUUACAGACCCCUCGCAGCUUGAUGCUCUAUCCCAGGUCCUCGAUCAUUUUGCUACUCGAAAAUCUGAGAAGCCAGGACCAUUAGGUGGCGGACCAUCUUCUGCUCUUCUCUUUGGUGAAUCGGAUCCUCCUACUUUUGAGACCAUUGAAGAUAUCGAGCGAUGGUUCAAUAUUCGACAUCUUGUUACAGGAGCGACGCUUUCUCUUCAAGGUUCAGAGUUAGUGCUGUGUCACCUCGACUUGUUUCCGCGAAAUAUCUUGUGGCUUUCAGAUCAACCACCUUGUGUACUCGACUGGGCCUCAGCGGGCUAUUUCCCAAGGAUAUUCGAAGCCUGCUCUCAACUUAUCCGCACGAGGCUUGAGCAAAGCGGCGGUGUUCUCCAAAUUCCAAUACCAGAAUGCGACAAGGGCCGGGUGUCACUGAUUUUGAAAGCGUGGGGAAAUGCUCAACGAUUCCAUUUCACAAGAGCUGAAGGACGAUAUGUCAAGGAAGAUACAUCCGCUUUACUGGCUGAAUACCCUGGACCCCUUCCGAGUCCUCCUCAUGCUCCAAUCUUGUACACACCUCCAGAUUUGCCCAGCUGAGGAAGGCAAAGUCUUACUUCUUACGACUUUGCGGGGGUUGGAAUGUGCCCUUGACCAUCUGCAAUGGAAUACGGGAAUUGAUAGUAUGAUACCGAUAGAGAAGAUCGGGCCACAAGGUUUGUGCUGCAUCGUCCACAAGCCAGCCUUUACUGCACCAGUCGCUCAGAACAGUGUACCUAGGCAGGUUAGUCAUAGAAAUCACAAAACCGAUCGAUAUUACGUACACCCACCACCGACAUCCAGAACCCCC